UUUCUCUCCAUGACUUUAUCAGAUUAGGAUUGAUUCAACUUGCGAUUUCGCCUCUGCUGGGCGAAGACGGGCAUUCGCCACCGGAAAUCGAGGCUCAAAUCCAAUAUAGAUCGAUCAAUAAAUAGAUCUCGAGCCGGUACAAGAGUCGCGUCACAGAGUCGGCUGCUCUGUAGUAUUUGCAGCUUACAAGCCUACCGCACUUUGCCUUCUGGCAAAGUUUAUCGUGACACCGUUUCGGCCGCAUUACGCCGGGCAACGGCCGGGGCGGGCCCCUGUUGUCUCCGUUCUUCCGUCGUCAGAGCUUUAUUUUGCUUUAGUCGUCGCUGGGCUUGCCGAUUCCAGUUGCCGUUUCGCGGAUUCUGGCCGCAGCGGAUGCAGUGAGUCCUCCGCAUCCUCUCUGCGCCACGCGCAGCAGUUAAUCAACCGCCACCUCCCCGACUCGCUUGGAAAAUUUAUAUCCUCGCUAUAUAAGCUUGGCUCGAUGUAGAACGUCAUGGCAAUCAACAUAAAAUUCACAAAAUUUGACAACACACCAUGGGGUUUUCGACUAGCAGGUGGCAGCGAUUUUCCGCAGCCACUUACUGUUAUCAGAAUCACGGAAGGCAGUCUGGCCGAAUGUAUGGGUUUAAAGAUUGGCGAUAUCGUAGUAAGAUUAAACGAUCAGCCGAUUAGCAGUUUAACUCACGGACAAGCACACGAGGCACUCGUGCAUGCUGGCAACAAUUUUAUUCUAGCUGUACAAAGAGAGGAAGAGGCACGAAAGGCCGUCGAGGCGAUAUCGGAAGAGAACAUCGUCCCAUAUAAGAUCGCCCUUACAGACUUACCGCCAGUCUUCCCAGAACAGAUCUUAAAGGAGGAGACAGUGAUCGAGCAGUACGAGGAAGAGAGGAUCGUCGUCGAACCGUUGUCCGCCGAAGAAGAGGUCAGGCGAGAGGAGGAAAAGCUCGCGGAGGAGAAACCGGUGGACGCCAACAGCGAGAUCGUGCCCAACAAAAAUCUCACGGAUGACGAGAUCGCACAGCUGAUCCUCGAAGAGGAGGAGCUCUUGUCCGACAAAGGAUUACUGGGAGUGAACUUUAAAAAGCUACGACCGCGUGUCCCGAUUCUGAAAGAUUCGAAAGUCCUGGAGGAACUGCAGCACAUUGCAACAGCCGAGCCCGAGCGGACGCAAGAGCUGAAACGCACCUCCACUUUCUUACAGAGACCACAGCGACCGGUACCAAAGCCGAAGUGCGGGCAGAAGGUGGAAGAGGACGACGGUGAGAGUUACAAGGUCGUAAUUAAGAAACAGGACAAAAAGACGGUGAUCGCGCGUCUUGUAGAAAAGGGCUUGCUGCCGCCAGGAUCAGAGGCGAGCAUCGCCGGAACACCGGAACCGCCGGAGCCGUCCGAGGUAAAGAUGCAUGAAACGGAGUACAAGCUCGAGGAAGAUCGUCGCCCCGUCGUGUCUGACCCGAAUCCCUCGUGUUCAAUUUCCCCCCUUGAUACCACCGACAAUCAAUUGUCGCCCUCGUCUUCUCCACUCAAUUCGAACGAAAGUCAUGCUUCUGAAGAUCAGUUAGGACGUCCCGCGACAUAUAAAUGCAAGUCGAAACUGUUCGACGUCAAGCCAAAUCAUUAUCGAAGAUAUAGUUCCGCUAACGAAACUGGAAUGAGGUCGCCCUUCAAGGGUCACUAUCUGGAAAAUGUCCUCUGCGGUUAUGCUCAUUCCUGCGUUUCCCAUGAUCGACAGAUCAAUGAUCAAUUCGAGUUUGAAAAGAUGAACUCGGGAAACUUUUACUUUAAAAAAUACUGGCCGAGAAGUAUUGGUUUCGAUUGUUUCUCAUCAAGCAGGACGUGCAGAAGAAGGCCGAGCAGAUGUCCCCGAGCGCAUUACGCAGAGAGGAUUCUUCUACGAAACGUCAGUGCUCUCACUCGGCACUUUCGUUCGAAGCCAACUCGCAUCAUCGCUUCUAAAAGGAGACGUACCAGAACAAAAGGACGAUAUCUGGCGACGUAUUUGAGACGCGAGAGCACUCGGUUGAUAUCUUUGAUGACGACGUUAUUCCAGUUUUUGUUGCAAAGAUCAAGUGUCUCCGAGUCAUCAAAUAUAUUAGAUAUUCGCAAGCGACGUAUGAGUUUCAAAGGUCGCUAUCUUAAACACGUUCUUCAGAAAAAUGUCACUCCUGUUCUUCAACGUGUCAAAGAAACGACGCACUUGAUUGACGAUUAUCCAUACAUAAUCGAAAAGAAAAAAGACGAGCCAAAAUCUACAAGAACAAAGGGACGUUACAUGGAAAAAUGGCUUCAUCGGCAGAAUCUUUACCUGAGAUCCGCAUUAGCGAAUCUUCUCGGUGCUGCGAAGAACAACUUCAACAAUCUCUUCACUAUUACCUCUUCGUCAAGAAUAAAACGCGCAAUGAAAGGUCGAUAUUUUGAGCAAUUCGUCUGCAGAAAUUUGGAAAUUUUUGAGCUAUUCGCGGAAUAUGUUUGUAUCAAGAUCUCCGAAUGGCUCGAGGAGGAUCCGUCAUGCAUAUCGCAACAGGAAUUUUCUAUCGCCACCUCAAAUUAUAUUGCUGAUGAUUCAACCCUAGAUGAGCAGAGAAUUGAUGAAGAUGAUAUGCGUGAUCUGAAUAUCUCCGGAUGGCAUGAAGACGGUCCAUCAUGUUCAUUACAAGAGGAAUCUAUCAUUAAUACACCCGAUAAUCUGGAUUCAAACAAGGAGGAAACUGAUAAAAACGUUGUUUUCGAGUAUAACAAUAAUCCGAUUUUGCCCAAAGAAGUCGACGAGCUCUCAUCUAAAAUCCCAGAGGAAGAAGAUACUUUUUCGAAAUUCUUGCAGUCGACUGAAAAUUAUAUUUCCACCGAAGUCUUCCAUCGUGGCAGUAGACGGCUUUCGAGGCCGCGUAAAUCCAUAGAUAUCAUCUCCGAGCAAGAUGAUAAUACAGUCUCGAAAUUCCUGCAUUCGGCUGAGAAUUACGUUUCUACCGAAGUUUUUCAUCGUGGUAGCCGAAGAUUCUCAAGAUCGAUCAAGGACGCGGAACAAGAAACAGGCGUUUUGUCGAAUCUCUUCCACUCGACCGGCGAUUACGUCUCCAGCGAGGUGUUCCAUCGCCGUAGCAGGAGGUUAUCAAAAUCGUCCAGGAGAGAAUCGGUUCCUCUCAUGACUCCCGAUUCGAAAAGCAUGUAUUUCAAUCUCCCUUGGUUCUCGCUGAGAGUCACCGAUAAAAGCUUCGAGGAUUGCAAAGAGAAGAUCGAUUGUGAAAUCGAACGAGACAACCGAAGAUUGUCAUUCGUGCCUACGAUUCUCUAUCAAAGUAUCACAAAUCGUAUUGGAAUUGAUUUCACGAGGCUAGUAGCUUACGCUUUUGUGCCGUGCACCUCGAUUAUCCUUCUUCAGAGUGCGUUUUGUUUUUCUUGUCAUCAGAAUACAAUAACAUCAGUGGCAACACCAACACUCACAUGUAGAGCGGAGCAGGAAGAAAGAUCCGAAUCACGUUCCGCGUCAAAGGCAGAAGGUGAAGAGAAAAGCGACGAGACCGACGAAUACAAGACGAAGGAGAGAUCCGAAUCCAAAGAGGAAAAUUAUCGUUCUGAGUCUCGCGCGGCCGGAUCUAGCCAAGACGAGACAGCAGCACUCGAGGAAGAUUCUAGCGUCUCAACGACGGAUCGAGCGGCGACGAAAGCCGAUAAUGAGAGAAUCAAGGAACUGGUGACCACAGAGUUCAGCCUCGAGCAGCAACUGGAGAACGUGCAGCGGCAAUUGCUUGCUCUAAAACAGCUACCAAGCGAGAUUGAGAAUCACCUGAAGAUCGUAUCCGAGCAACUCUAUAAGAUCAUGGAGCUGAGUGGUAUGCAACGAUCCCUCGGCAAUGAAAGUGGCGGCCAUCGCGGAUCACCAGAAGAGAAUAUCGAACAGCGAAAGGAAGAAAAGGAACAGGAAGAGGACACUGAUGAAGAGGAUGAAGAAUUUACGGAAACUUACGAUUACAUCGAAGAGAUUGCGUGCUUGGAGCGAAAGACGUCAUCGAGAUCAACACCGCAAGUGAUCGAGCCUAGUGAUGACGAAGGAGAGAUGGAGGAAGAGGAAGCAGAGAUGAAGGAACUGGACGGUACGAUUUCCGUGAAGAGCGCAGACGAGGAAGGAAAUAGAGUGAAGAAGUUCAUCGUUUCUUACGAGGCUAAGCUUCUGAAAUCACCCAGUCCAGCACUAUCGCACAGAAGUUUCGAACCAGAUCCUAAACUAUCACCAAAAGACCAAGUUAUACAGGAAUUAGUGCACAAGAAAGGCAAAAAACAUUCGCAAGAUCUCUGGCCCCAGGCUAAGCAGCUCGAACUUACGCAAGGUCGCAGAUGGAGAUGCCCGAAUGAUUUCUUCAAUGACGAAAUGAUUGCUGAGGUAUUGUCUUGUCAGGCGGAAGUCAUUCGCGGUAAAACAAUGGGAGUAAAUUUUAAGAAGUACGAAAAAACAAAUUUACCAAACUACGACUACCUGAUGAACUCGAGUGUCUAUAAGAUGAUUCAUAAAAUGGAACGAGAACCGAAAAAGGGCAUCCCUGCGAGACCUGCUAAAGUCAAUGCAGCUGAAGACAUAAUAGAAAGAGUUAAAUCACCGGCAUUGAGCAUUGUAGAUGACAGAAGCACUCGAAGUGUCAGUCACUAAUGCAACAGCGACUAUAAUAUCAUAUAGUUUAUAUGCGAGAAAUUUAUGCAUAUGAAGAAUGUGCUACAAGAUGAAAUUGAUACAUCUGAGCAAUUCAAGAAUAUAGCUCAGAAUUAUUAGGAACAUAAUUAUCUGGUUCAUUGACCUGAAAUGUACUUAUCGUACAAUUAUCGAUAUAACAUGAUUGUAUUAAUCCUAAGCAUGUGUAUAUACAACAUGUAUAAUCAUAUUUCGUCUCGCGAAAAGUUUUUCUCGACAAUACAUUACAUGUAUUAACAAAAGAAAAUCUGCGUCCAUAAUUUUCCAUUGUAUAAAUUUGCAUCUGAAUAAUUAAUGCAUAUAAUAUAAAUCACAUAAAAAUUUUACGUCUGACGAGA